AUGACAGAGUCAGCAGCGACACGGCUCCUUCCCGUUUUCUACGAUGCUCGCGAUACGAUCGAAUCCUGGGAAACAAAGGUCGAGCAGAUCAUCCAGUUCUGCCAUAAUUCUGUCACCAAACUCAUUGGUGCAAACGCCUCGGACACAGCACUGAAGCUCUUUUUGAACUGUGCUCAGGCGAUAGACGCGCUGCCCUUUGGAAAACAGAUUUCACUUGCCUAUGAAUUCUUUUCUCAGGCUUUCACCCUCUUCGAACAGGAAUUGUCUCGCUCGUCUUUCCAGCUGUCGGCCCUAUCUUUAAUUGUUUCCACCCUCCUUGAAAUGAAGUGUUUAGACGCAGAAAACUUUCAGGUGCUACGAACCCAAUGCACCCGCGUGGCAUCGCAUUUACUCCUCAGGCCGGAUCAGAGUCGGGCAAUGGCAGUCGCUAGUCAUCUCUUCUGGGUCCCCCGUGAACCUUUGGCGAACUCCGAAGUGGUUGGUUGA